UAUUAUUUUUUCUCCGUGAGAAAACCGCACGAGGUUCGGGUGCAUUUCCUUCGGCGUUUCGCGUAUUUAGCGACGACUGCUUGGCGGCGUUGUUGCAAGAUCUUUCCGUCGAUCUUGGUCGGAAUUGAUGACAAAAAUAUUCCGUGUCCGCGCUAAAACGACCAACAGUGUUCGCGUAGCUCCUGCAGUAAUUCGCUGACCAGCGACAGCUUAAAAGUUUUUGGUCAACCUACGCACCUCGUGGUUUGCGUUUCUUGUAUACCGUGAAUGUUACAGCCCCAAGUGUUUCAGAAUUAGUUUCGAGUUUUUCGGUAGCUAUCUGAGUUGAACAGUUGAACGGCGCGUGCCUCCGAAUUAUCGGCCAUAGUAUAAUUGUUAGUGCUUUGUCACCGGAAGUGGAUUGUGUAAUCUAGUACGCUGGUCGAGUGUUCGAUAAUCGGUAGUCACUUCGCAGCCGUGAAAGAUAUAUUGCUUUGGCGUAGUUUUCUACACCGCUGAAAGGUAGUACAAACCAGUUGGCGCCAGAAUACCAGAGCUGGUCUACCUUCCUAUCCCCACAGAGUGUGAAUUACAUUAGGAAGGCAACGUAACAAAAAACAAGCAAAAGAAGAAAACAAGAUAACAAACACCCGCGCAGCAGCAGCAGCAGAGAGAGCACGAAAACAGAAGUCAUCACCAAUCCAUCCAGUAUGUCAGGGUAUCAUCAAAUGACUAUGAACGGCACGGGCAACCACCACAGUAGUGAAAAUAAUCACACUGCUGUACAAAACAACACGCACGAACAGAUGCAUAACCGCCGUCAGAACCCCUACAUCAAAAAGGUUACGGUGGUGCUGGGUGCCCAGUGGGGCGACGAAGGCAAGGGCAAGGUGGUUGAUAUGUUGGCCACCAAUGCUGACAUUGUGUGUCGUUGUCAGGGUGGAAAUAAUGCAGGUCACACGGUGGUCGUCGAAGGAAAGGACUUCGAUUUUCAUCUUCUGCCUAGCGGAAUCAUCCAUGAGAAGAGUACCUCAGUUAUUGGCAAUGGUGUUGUCGUUCACUUGCCCGGGCUUUUCGAAGAGCUUGCCAAAAAUGAAGCGAAAGGGCUGAAGAAUUGGGAAGGCCGAUUAAUAAUCUCGAACCGUGCUCACCUGGUGCUGGACCUGCACCAGCAGGUAGAUGGUCUGCAAGAGGCGGAAAAGGGUGGCAAAUCGCUCGGCACAACAAAGAAAGGCAUCGGGCCGUGUUAUUCCAGUAAGGCGACCCGCAACGGUAUCCGUGUAUCGGAUCUUUUGGGCGACUUUAAGAUGUUCAGUGAAAAGUUUGAAGCUUUGGCAGCUAUGUACAAACGGCUCUAUCCCGAUUUUUCGGUGGACGUAAAUGCGGAACUCGCACGAUAUCGCGAGUAUGCCGAACGGUUGAGACCGUUGGUGCGCGACUCGGUGUCGUAUUUGCACACGUCGCUCAAGGAGGGCAAAAGCGUACUGGUCGAAGGAGCCAACGCCGCCAUGCUGGACAUUGACUUUGGCACUUAUCCUUACGUGACAAGCAGCAAUUGCAGUAUCGGCGGUGUGCUGACAGGACUGGGUUUACCACCGCAGGCGAUCGGAGAGGUGAUCGGUGUGGUGAAAGCUUACACUACACGCGUAGGGGAUGGACCCUUCCCAACGGAAUUGCACGAUGAAAUUGGUUCGUUGCUGCAGAAGCGUGGUGGUGAAAUUGGUGUUACCACGCAGCGAAUUCGCCGGUGCGGUUGGCUCGAUCUGGCUCUGCUACGGUACACCUCCAUUGUCAACGGAUACACUGGAAUUUGUCUAACCAAGCUAGACAUUCUGGAUACGCUCAAGGAGAUUAAAGUAGCUGUCAGCUACAAUCUGAACGGAAAGAAAAUUGAUUACUUCCCCGGUUCGAUUACCGACUUAAGCCAGGUGGAGGUUAACUACAUUACCAUGCCUGGAUGGCUACAAUCGACGGAGAAUGUGCGCGAUUUCGGUGAACUUCCUCCACAGGCGCAAGACUAUAUACGGUUAAUUGAGAACGAUCUGGAUGUACCAGUCAAGUGGAUCGGGGUCGGUAAAGGCCGGGAAUCAAUUAUCUGCGUAAAGGAUUAAAUCGUUCACCUGCGAUGAUGAAUAAGGAAUGUAGCGGACGAGAUGAACUUUUUUAAUUCCAUCCUUACCACACAACCUCACCUUCAUCAACAUCAUACUAAUCUUAACCGUCGAAAUACUUUAAUAGUCAACUUUCCAUCGUUCUUCUCUCCUACUCUGCUAUUCCGCGAAAGGGGAAAAAUGAAAACAAGAACGCAUGAAAACUACGAUUUUACCCUGUUGGAAGCUUUGAUGUUUGGAAAUAUUUGUAUACGCAACAAUUACAUGCUCCUGGUUUGGUUUACUAUGCAACAAUACGCUUUUAACCUGUCCCAAAAACACAAACGAGAGGCGCAAUUUUGUGUGAUUUCUGUAUAAACAAUAAGUUUAACUUAUUAGACCUCACCAUAUGCCCCUGGAUGAAAUAUGAAGCUAUAAGGCGCAUUGUUGUUGACCGCAAGAGAAGAAAAGAUACUUUAGGGGGCAAAGCCUACGCACAAUGUAUUCAUCCCAUAGCCUAUACUAUGCAAACAGGCCUCGAAAGUUUAUUUUUUGUUCGCCGAAAGAUAAGAUGGGCAAAAUGAACACCAUUGACUACAGCCUAAAAGAAUAUACCCAAAACAAACUUGCAACACAAAUGGUAAAUAUGUGGUACACCAAAUAAGGAAUACAAAUCAAACAACACACUGUUACAGCUUUCAGGAUGCCUAUUGGGCCAUUUAUGAUAACUCUGGUAAAUGGUAUGUGCAAGGGCAAGCUUAAAAGCUAACCGUUUGCAUAAACCGUUUGCAAUUUUACAUCGCUAGAAUGUACAGUGUAAAAAAGGGGACACUUGUACGCAAACAACAACAAAACACAGCAAUGCACAGCAUGGUAGUUAGAAAUUUGUUCAAUAUUUCAUGUUUUAGUGGAUUGCGAUAUGUAAAGCGCGAAACAAACGCGACCGUACAUAACAGGAUACACAGCAUAUAAUGCUGUAAUGCGACUUUCGCUUAAUGUAAAACUGUGUCGAUUAUAAAAAAACACAACAGAAACAGAUAUCGUUUUGCUCAGCAAGGUUAAAGAGGGAGGUGAAUGAAUGAAGGAUGCGAGAGAUGCGAGAGCUCGGAGAUAGCCAAAAAGACUAGCUGAAAUAGAAAAGGGCGUAAAAGUGGUAAAAGCAGUUGCUUAAUUUUUAUGUUAUAAUUUCUUCUAUACAUCCUCUCGUAAAAUUAGUGCACUUUUACUGCAAAAUGUUUCAAACAUUAAUUUCUUUUUUUUUAUUUCGUAAAAAUUGCUUUAUUAUUGCCAUUUCAAAAAUUUCCCGGAAAAGCAGAUAUUUUAAUGAAUCAACUAAAAAUUCGCCCAAUAAAUCAGUUUAUCAGUUACUUUGCUUCGGCAGACACAUGUACAGCGCAUUGUGUGAAUCAUAGCAUAAAAUGAGCUACUUUAUAUAAUUUCAAAGCAAAGAUUCUAGAAUAAAUAUAUGAUCACUUAAGGUAAUCAUAAGAGGAUACAAAACGUAGGUUUUUGUUGCCAGAGUGUGUGCGUGUGUGUGGUUGUAGAAUAAUUUUAGAUUUCUAUUUUUUUCCUUUUUGGCCUCAGGUUAGAAUCUUACCUAAAAACGUACCGCAAUUUUUUAUCAGUUUGUCGUAAUUUUAAUUAUCAUUGAUACAUAUACUUUUUAUAUCUUAUUCAGUUGGCCACCGCGAGGCCUAAUGGGAAUUUUAACAAAUUUGUUAGCUUUUUUAUGUUUUACAGUAGCUUACGAAAGGAAGGAAGUCUUGGCCGUGUUGAGAAAAAAAACAUUGUAAUUAUGAUGUCGCAAUGGAAUUAAGUAAUACUAUAAAAAAUAAGGGAAAAGAAUAA